GGCCGCCCACGGGUUCCUCCCGGCUUCGCCUGGCGCGGCGCACUUCCGGCCAGAGUUGUGCUUCCUUGGCAAUGCACCCGGAGGUCUCACCCUGCCCGCCAGAGAGGACGCAGCCUGGACUGGUCCCAGAUGUUAAAUGAAUUCUGUGUCCCCCGCUUCAGUGCAGUACUUGAGUCACGAUGAGCUGCCCCACUCCGACGGACCGCAGCUCUUUAAUUCCAGGGCCCCCAUCCACGGGGAGAGCUACAGGAGGUCCAUCUCUGCGGCGGGCUCCGCACACGGCCAGCACAGCGAGCCGGAUGAAGUGGACAAGAUCAAAUGCAAAGUCCUUUCUGUCUGGAACAAAGUGAAAUAUGGUUGGACGGUCAAGAGCAAAACCAAUUUCAGCAAGCUCUCCCCGGUCUACCUCUUUGGCUACAUCUACCACUUUGACCGAGAGGAGGAUGUGGAGCGUUUCCACCGGGACUUUGCUUCCCGCAUCUGGCUGACCUACCGGAGGGAGUUUCAGCAGCUGGAGGGCACGACGUGGACCACGGACUGUGGCUGGGGCUGCAUGCUGCGCAGCGGGCAGAUGCUCCUGGCGCAGGGACUCCUCGUCCACUUCCUCGGCAGAGACUGGACCUGGCCAGCUGCCCUGCUCCCCAGCGGCCCGGCAGAGACAGAUCCCGGGAGAAGCUCCUCCUCACCCCAUCACAGCGUGGCCCGCCUGCCUCCGGUGCCCUCCCUCCUGGCUAGUCAGAGCAGGGGCCCCUCGGAACGCUGGACCCUUCCCCGUAACUGCAGCCCCGGCGAACUGGAGAAGGAGGGCCGUCACUGCAAGAUUAUCUCGUGGUUCGCAGAUAGGCCAGAAGCACCUUUUGGGAUCCAUCGCCUCGUCGAUCUGGGGCGCAGCUCGGGAAAGAGAGCCGGGGACUGGUACGGACCCUCUGUCACCGCCCACAUUGUGAGGAAAGCAGUGGAUUGCUGUUCAGAACUGGGGAGCGUGGCUGUGUACGUGUCUCAGGACUGCACAGUGUACAAAGGGGAUGUGGCCCAGCUGGCCGGCAGGAGCGAAGGGAGGGCCCCGUGGGAGCCCUGCGCAGAGUGGAAAGCGGUCAUCAUCCUGGUGCCCAUGCGGCUGGGCGGAGACAGCCUCAACCCCGCCUACGUGGACUGUGUUAAGGAGCUUCUGAGGCUGGAUUUCUGCAUCGGGAUCAUUGGCGGAAAACCCAGGCAUUCCCUCUACUUCGUAGGAUAUCAAGAUGACUUCCUCCUGUACCUGGACCCUCACUACUGCCAGCCCUUCGUGGACACCACCCGGGAGAACUUCCCCUUGGAGUCCUUCCAUUGCAACUUCCCUCGGAAGACGGCGUUCAGCAAGAUGGAUCCCAGCUGCACGAUUGGUUUCUACGCCCGUCACAGCGGAGAGUUUGAGCAGCUCUGCUCGAAGUUGACUCAGGUGAGGCAUCCCAGCAAGCCGCACCUUCCCAGAGGCAUCCUGCAGGGUGGGCUGAAUUACGCCAAUCACAUGUGGCCCCCUUCAGCACCCAGUCCGGAGAAUGCAACAUUGGGAACCCCUGGAAUAGAAGAGCCAGGACUGGGCUUCCGCUGA